AUGGAACCCCCAAAUCCGAAACAUGAUGGACAGUCUUUAUUUCUUGUAUCCCUAGCAUGUUUCGGUCUUCGGCCCAGCAAGCUCUCGAGGACGGCCACGGUGAAGGCGUUGAUUGAUGCGGGAGUCUGGGGUGCCAACGGGCACAAUUUCAAACAGGUGCUGGCGCAGAAUGCUGCGAACCGACAGGCAGACAACCUCAAGUUCUUGGACUCGAUCAAGGUCUUUGACGGCCUCAACCAGAAGCAGAAGGACCAAAUCGCCCUGGCUGCCUUCAGCGAAUCCUUCGACGCGGGGCAGCGCGUGGCCACGCAGGGGGAGGCGCUGGCGGCGAUUUACUUCGUGAAGAAGGGCGGCCUGGCAGUGAUGGCCGGCGGCGAAGUCAAGGCCGACGGCAAGUUCUCGGGCGGCAAAGAGGAGCAUCACCUCUCCUCUGGGGAAUACAUCGGUGCCGCGCUGCUGUUGAGUGCCAAGACCAGGCCCUUGUGGGAAAACACGCUGCUGGCGGAUGCCAAGUCCGCCAAGACGGAACUGUUGUGCAUCAGCGUCAAGGACUUGAAGGAAAUCUUGGGCAACAACUUGGCGAAGAUCCUAGAGACUGCCUUGGUGAACAAGGGCCUCAGGAUGUGCCCGGUGAUGUCGCAGUUCUCUUCAACUCAAAGGAAUGACAUUGCGAAGGCAAUCGUCAUCAAAGACCUGGCAGCCGGGGGCACAGUCGAAGAAGGUGUGCGAUACAUCGUGGUGCUGGAAGGAACUGUCACUGGCAUGUACAAGGAGGAAGAGGUGACCGACAAUUGGUGGUCAGUGAAACAGCACAAGUUCGCAUUUGCAGGGAUGUGUUCCCAUGUCAUGGAGCUGCCCCGUGCCAACACGUCGCCGCUGCCCCACGCCGUGGACGCCCCGGACGUCCCGCGGAGCGCAUCGCUGGGAAGUGCGACGCCGGCGAGAGGCGCCCGAAAAGCUGUGGCUGUCCCGUCGCUGGCGCCGCGGCGAGAGUUCCAAUGCAGGAUUUGCUUGCAGCUCUGCGACGGCUGCAUCCAGCGAUCCUUCACGGACUGCGCAGUUCCCGACGUCCACGCAGUUUGUGAGCAUUGCUUGAGAUCCUAUUUGCAAGGCCGCAUUGAGGAGCGACGUGUCAAGCAGUUGCAAUGCCCCCUCUAUGGUCGUGAGGGUUGCGUUGCAGAGAUUAGACCUGAGGAUUUGCAAGUUCUGCCCGAGGCAACCUUGCACAAAUAUCAUCGUUUUAAGGCGAUGGAGGAGGAUCCCACUCUGCGCGAGUGUCCGGAAUGCCUAGAGUUGGUGAAACCGCAACUGCAACGGGAUGUAGAAGCGGAGGUCCUGGCGAUUGAAGCCACGAUGUGCUGCAGCCAGGGGCACCGAUUUUGUUACUAUCACUCCAAUGCUCAUCCCAUUGGAGAUGGUUUCUGCGAGGAGUACUCCAAGCGUGAAACUGCCGAAGCGAGGGAGGCGAUGAAAUCGCAGGGCGCUAAGGAGUGCCCCCGCUGUCAAACUCAGAUCUUGAAGCAUGACGGCUGCAAUCACAUGGUGUGCGUGGCGUGCCAGUGUCACUGGUGUUGGACCCGCGGCGCCGAUCUCACGGGCCGCAUGAAUCUGGGCUGGCACUACAACCCGGCGAAUCCCAACGGCUGCAUGCAGUUUUCAGCCUUGGAAAAGAAGGGUUCCCAGUGUCACCAGGUCCUGACGGUUGUGGCGCGGGCCAUUGCGCUGCCGGGCGCCCUCCUGGGGUUUCUGAUCUUUUGGACCACGCUGCCCUUGUGGGCGAUCUGUGGUGUGGGCGUCCUGGUGGCUCUGCUACUGCUGCUGCUGGUGGGCUGCGCCUGGUGUUCCGCCACCGUGCCCUGUGUUUGUGGCCUUUGCUGUUUCGGUCUGAGCGACGCACAGGCGGAACUCAUUUUAUGUGCGCCGUGCCAUUCAUGUUGGGCCUCAGUGGAGUGUUUGUUGGGCGGCUUGGCCCCUGAAGAGGUGACCUUGGAACGCGCGCAGUGGUUGGAAGACGGAGGUUUGUUGGAAUCCGAUUCCAGUUCCAAGGUGCAAAGUCGGAAAUCAGGACUGCUGGGCCCCGUGCCGGGCGUCAGGAACGGCGCGCGUGUGGGCUUCCUGACCAAGGAGGGCUUGCUGUCGGCGCUGAAAGAGCUGGGCCUGGCGGCCAUUGGGAAUGCGGAGGAGGCCUCAGACCUUACGCGAAAACUCAUCGUGGCCAAGAAGGUGCACAUUUUCCGUCACCUCAGUAGCGAACAGAUCACCAAGUUGGUCCAGUCCUUCGUGCUGCAACGCUAUCGACAAGGCGCUCACGUGAUCAAGCAGGGUGAGGUCGGUUCCUCCUUCUUUGUCAUCGCCAGCGGCGACGUCAAGGUGGAGAUCAAUGGGAAGUUCAUUCGUGCCGAGCUGGAGACGGGCACCAUGACGAAGAACUCGUACUUCGGCGAGCGCGCGCUGCUCUUCGACGAGCCCCGCACCGCCACGGUGGAGGUCUCCUCGCCCGAGGCCGAGCUCUGGUCCAUCGAGAAGUCAACUUUCUCAUCCAUUGUGAAGGGCAAGAUGCAACAGGAGUUGAUGCAUCGCAUCCGACUGCAAGACACCGACUUUACUAUGAAGGAGUGGCCGGGGAGGGGCUUGCUGUUGGACAUCAGAUGGGAGGACCUGAAGACCGUCCGUGUCAUUGGCGCCGGCGCAGCUGGGGUGGUACGACUGGUGAUGAACAAGAAGACAGGCGCGGACCGUCGGAGCGUCUCUGUUGGGCAUGCGGUGGCUGGGCAGCAACGGUUGCAGCAACGGUUGGGGGAUUGUGGCUUCCUAGACAGGCCAUGGCUUAGGUAUGCCCUGAAGCGGGUGCGAAAGAGUCAGGGAAAGAUCCCCGUGGAGGUCAAGCGCGAAUGCGAAUUGCUCAAGGCACAAGAGCAUCCGUUCAUCAUGAGAUUGGUGCAGACCUUCGAGACGACCAAGAGCGUCUACAUCCUUACGGAACUCAUCACCGGUGGCGAGUUGCAUGGUGCCAUCCGUGAGAUCCCCACGGUGCUGUCCAGGACGCAGGCGCAGUUCUACACUGGCUGUUUGAUCAUUGUCCUCGAGGAGCUCAGUGAAAAGAACAUCGUCUACAGAGACUUAAAACCUGAAAACGUGAUGCUGGAUGCUCAAGGCUAUCUGAAGUUGAUCGACUUCGGCAUCGCCAAAAAGCUGGACGAGGGGAAGACACGAACAUUCACCAUGAUUGGAACGCCUCACUACAUGGCGCCUGAAAUCAUGCGCGGCCACGGCUAUGGGACAGAGGUAGACCUGUGGUCUUUGGGCAUCAUUCUCUUCGAGUUCGUUUGCGGCUACUUGCCCUUCGCGGACGAGUUGGACGAUCCCACGGAGGUCUGCACUGCCGUGCUGAAGGAUCCCUUGGAGUUCCACUCUCGCUUCAAGGAUGACAAGUGCAAGUCGGUGAUUCAAGGGAUGCUGAACCGACAGCCCAAGAAACGUCUUGGGGCAGGCAUGAACGGUUGGGAAGAUAUCAGGAAUUGCGAGUUUUUCCUGAUCGGGCACCAGGGCAGCACCCUGUUCGACAAGAUCAUGGGCAGAGAACUGGAAGCUCCAGUGAUGCCAAAGGGCGAGAAAUAUUGCGAACCCACCGAUGUCGACUUUACCCUGAGUGAUGAAGCAGAGCUGGGCUGA